CAAUUUGACUACAAUUUUCGAGGCGUUCCCAUAGCUACAUCGUCAGGCCGCUGCGCGCUGACUGACACGUACUGUUUGUGUUAUAAAAAAAAAGUAAAGCAGGAAGAAGAAAGGCUGCCAAACAGUUAGCUCGUAGCAGACGGGAGAGAAGACUUCGCUGUUCAGGAAUCUCUUCAGAUCUCGACCCCUGGUUUCAUCAUGAACGUGUUUGACCGCAACAUCAACUUCGACUCCAUCUUGAAGUUCUCCCAAAUAUCUCAUUCCACCCAGGUGCACUUGAAGAAUGUGUAUUCCAGCCUGGCAGUGUGUAUGUUUGUGGCUGCGGCUGGCUCCUACGUCCAUGUAGUCACACGCCUCUUUCAGGGAGGCCUGCUGUCGGUGCUCGGCUCCCUUGGGAUGAUGUUUUGGCUCGCCAUGACACCACACAACUCCGAGACGGAGAAGAAGAGACUGGCUAUCCUCGCUGGAUUCGCCUUCCUUACAGGUGUCGGCCUUGGUCCCACGCUGGACUUUGUCAUCGCCGUCAACCCGAGCAUCAUCGUGACAGCGUUCAUGGGAACCUCUAUGAUCUUCAUCUGCUUCACCCUCAGUGCUCUGUACGCCAAGCGCAGGAGCUACCUGUUCCUCGGAGGCACUCUGAUGUCUGGCCUUUCCCUCCUCUUCCUGAUGUCUGUGAUGAACAUGUUCUUUGGAUCUGUGAUGCUGUUUAAGGCACACAUGUACCUCGGGCUGCUCAUCAUGUGCGGCUUUGUCCUGUUUGACACUCAGCUCAUCAUUGAGAAAGCAGAGAACGGAGACAAGGACUACAUCUGGCACUGUGUGGACUUGUUCCUCGAUUUCAUCACCAUCUUCAGGAAACUGAUGGUCAUUCUCGCCAUGAACGAUAAGGAGAAGAAGAAGGAAAAGAAGUAAAGAAGGUGUGAAAAUUAAAAACAAUCUUGUCAGAAGAGGCACAAUUUGCAACGCACUUGGUGCUUUUCACUUUCUGUCUUCAUUUAUUGAAUUAACUCCUCUGUGGUCUUAUUAUUAUUGAAACUUCUUUGAUUUGUUUUUCUUGUUUUUUUUCAAACUUACAACAAGGGUUGAAUGUAAGUUUAUGGUAAACUAAUGCUAGAGUCCCCGUCAUGGCUGUGAAUGGAGUUAGACUGAGGCUGCAGUGAUCAUGCUUGGCCUGUAGAGGGGAGCGUUGCCCUGUGGAGGCUCCCAGAAGCUGAGCAGCAACUAAUGAAGAGUCUUGUUAUUUAGUGCCAUAAAUUAACGACAUGAUAGGCUCCCUUUUUUUUAGUGGGUCAUGUGAGCUUCUGAGGCUGAUCUUUGUUUUAUUUGAACUUCUGUAAUUUCAGUCGUUGAUUUGCUUAUUUAUAGUUUUCCUCCGUUUCUAUUUAGUGGAGUGUCACAAGAUUACGCUGUCCCAUGAUUUUGACAACAGAUUUCCCAGAAAAUUCCCUGUAAUUGUUUUUGUUUCCACAAAUUUUGUUUUGUGACCAACAUUUUGAGUGAGAAUGGUGACGCCUGGUAAACACUGACACAAACCCUGAGAGCCUGUCAGUCAGAGUCUCGACGAUCAACACUAACUCAUUCAGACGGACUUUUUGGGAUUUUGGACGCUGGCAGGUGGAGGACGAGUUGGGGCCAUCUGUCCGUUUUUUCAUCAUGGUCAGCAGGCGAGUUAUUCAGACCUCUCCCCCUGUAAAUUCCUCUAAAUCACUGUUGUCUAGAAAUUAGUUUGCCAAAUGAUGUGAUGUUAACCUUUACGAUUUUUUGAAAGUGUAUACUGUGAAGAAUUUAUUUUAUGGAUGUAAAAUUGAAACUAAUAAUUUGAUACAUUUGCUCAAAUAAAUGUGUUGAACGUAUUGAAACUAAA